AUGCAGUCCCAGCGGUUCGAGAUCUCCGUAUCGAGCUUUGAGAAGUAUAACCCUAACCCUUUCAUCGUGUUCUGGACAGUGCUAAUCUCAUUGACGCAGCAGGGUCUUGGUCAAGCUUCGACAUUCCUUCUAAAAGGUACCGACCCAUCUGGACCUUCAAUCGAUCUCGAGGCUAUUUCCGGUUGCCGCAACUGGGUGCUGCUUCAGAUCAGCGAAAUUGCCGCGCUCGACGCAUGGAAACAAGGAUGCAAGAGGGCGGGAGCCCUUGAUGUUGUGGAGCUUGUCGGCCGCGCUGGGCCGAUCAAAGAUACGUUGGUUACUCCACUUGCACAACACGAAGCCAGUUUAGUUGACGCCUCAAACAGAGCAAACAACAUACUGAAAUGGCUUGUUCACUCCUUAUUAUCGCGGCGAGCGGCCAGAACAAUCCGCGGGCGUGAGCGCGACACGCGAUCUCGCUACUUGUUUUAG